CUCCGUCUUGACAACGCUUUCCGGGCUGAUAACAAGGGCCGGCGAGAAAAACCCAGAAAAGGAUUUUAACUAGCCAACUACAUUAUAUAAUAUUAGCGCUAUAAUUCAGCUUCUGAUGAUGCUAAGAUGUGCAUGAUUUACGUCUACUAGUGCCUGUAAUAAGUGAUCAGCUGAUUCCUAAGCUGAAUAACUACAUAGCUCUCUCUGCGAAAGCGUGGUGUGUGAAGAAGCUAAAAGCAGGAGGAAUGCGGAUCCUUGAUUCUUAAUUGCUUUAAGAUUUUCCAUGCCAUCAAAGUAAAAAGUAGCAUAUUAGGAAAAAGCAAAAGAAACCGGAAGUUGCCUUGGUGGCUGGCACAGCCAUCCAAGAAGGAAAAGGAAGUAUAGCGGCACUCUCAAAGAGCUCCAGGAACGAGAAGAAAGCUUUCCAAGGAUAAAGAUCUACAGGAUAAAAGUCACAAGAGGAAAGAUACAGAAAACAAGACCAGGAGGGAGGGGAAGGAGCAGAGCAUCAGCAGUGACGUGACCGAUCCGAGAAGAGAACCAGCUCCACUCUGACCAGUGAGAAGGAGAGGAAGUAUUCUGUAGUGUCUUGUUCUCUCUGACCCACUGUCAGGAUGAAGCUGAAGGAGGACGUGAAUCCUAUCCUUCUGCAGGUCUUUCGUUCUGUGGUGUGGGUCUAUUCAGUUAUCACCUUCAUCCCAUGGUACAUACUGUCUGGAGCUGGGGCCAACCAGGCCCGCGCCAAACGCAUCAAAGCACGCUCUGUGAGUGGUCAUCCAUCGGGCCCAUACCGGGCAGUAAACAGUGAGCAGCGGCUGGUCUCCCAGCUCCACGAAGGUGUGGACACACUGGAUAAAGUGUUUGAGUAUGCAGUAAAUUUUUUCCCAGAAAGAGAUUGCCUCGGCACCAGGGAGGUGCUCAGUGAGGAGGAUGAAGUACAGCCCAACGGCAAGGUCUUUAAGAAGGUCAUACUGGGUGACUACAACUGGCUGUCAUAUGAGGAAGUGUUCCAAGUGGCCCAGCGGUUCGGCAGUGGUCUGGCGGCUCUGGGUCAGAAGCCACAGUGCAACAUUGCUCUUUUCUGUGAGACUCGGGCAGAAUGGAUCAUAGCGGCGCAAGCCUGCUUCAUGUACAACUUUCCGGUGGUGACUCUAUAUUCGACACUGGGAGGGCCAGCCAUUGCUCAUGGCCUCAAUGAGACAGAGGUCACACACAUAAUCACCAGUAAAGACUUGAUGCAGAGCCGCCUCAAGGAGAUUGUGCUGGAUGUGCCAAAGCUGCAGCACAUCAUCCUCGUGGACCGUAAGCCCACCAGCUGGCCUGGUUUACCCAGGGGCAUUCAGGUCCACAGCAUGGCCUCUGUGCAGGACCUGGGGGCCAAGCCUGAGAACAUGGCUGUACAACGUCAGCGUCCCCUCCCCCAUGAUAUUGCUGUGAUCAUGUACACCAGUGGCUCUACAGGCAUUCCCAAAGGAGUCAUGAUCUCCCAUAGCAACAUCAUUGCUGGAGUAACUGGCAUGGCUGAACGCAUCCCUGGCCUGGAUGAGAAGGAUACCUAUAUCGGCUACCUGCCUCUGGCUCAUGUGCUCGAGCUCAGUGCUGAACUGGUGUGUGUAUCUCAUGGCUGCCGCAUUGGAUACUCAUCACCGCAGACACUCGCUGACCAGUCAACCAAAAUUAAAAAAGGCAGCAAAGGAGACACAAGUGUCCUAAAGCCAACGCUGAUGGCAGCUGUACCGGAAAUCAUGGAUCGUAUUUAUAAGAAUGUGAUGGUUAAAGUGGAUGAUAUGAGCCGUUUUCAGAAGACUCUAUUUGUGCUGGCCUACAACUACAAAAUGGAGCAAAUAUCUAGAGGAUAUGGCACUCCACUGUGUGACAAUUUGGUUUUCAGAAAGGUGCGCUCGUUGCUGGGGGGGAACACGCGGGUGCUGCUGUCUGGAGGAGCUCCACUGUCUGCAGCUACUCAGCGCUUCAUGAACAUCUGUUUCUGCUGCCCUGUGGGUCAGGGCUAUGGUCUUACAGAAACCUGCGGAGCUGGCACAAUCAGCGACAUGUUCGACUACAGUACAGGUCGUGUUGGAGCUCCUCUGGUCUGCUCUGAGAUCAUGCUUAAGGACUGGGAGGAAGGCGGUUACUAUAGCACAGACAAGCCCAAUCCACGAGGGGAGAUUCUGAUUGGUGGGCCAAACGUUACCAUGGGUUAUUAUAAAAAUGAGGCGAAGAACAAAGAGGACUUCUUUGUGGAUAAAAACGGUCAGCGCUGGUUCUGCACAGGGGACAUCGGAGAGUUUGGGCCUGACGGCUGCCUCAAGAUCAUCGAUCGUAAGAAGGACCUAGUGAAGCUUCAGGCUGGGGAGUAUGUGUCCCUGGGGAAAGUGGAGGCUGCACUGAAAAACUGCCCUCUCAUCGACAACAUAUGUGCAUAUGCCAACAGUGAUGAAUCAUACGUGAUCAGCUUUGUGGUGCCCAAUCAAAAGCAGCUGCAAGCACUGGCUGAGCAGAAGGGGGUGAAAGGAUCCUGGGAGGAGAUCUGUAACCGCCCUGACAUGGAGAAGGAGGUGCUGCACAUAAUCACAGAAGCUGCCGUUACUGCUAAACUGGAGCGUUUUGAGAUCCCCAAAAAGAUCCGCCUCAGUGCAGAGGCAUGGACUCCAGAGACGGGCCUAGUGACGGACGCCUUCAAGCUCAAACGCAAAGAGCUGAAAACCCAUUACCAGGAGGACAUCGAGAGAAUGUACGGGGGCAAAUGAGAGAAAGAAAGGGUGAACGUGGCAGAGGGGGAGAAUUCAGGAUCUAAAGCCCACUUGCACACAUCCUUCUCCUGCUACGAUCAAAUUAUCAACACUUGAAUCUUUGCUACAUUGAGGUAUCUGUUCUUGCCUGACCAAAAAUAUAUAAAGAAAUAAAACAACAACAACAAAGCCAACACCAAGAAAAGGUCAGCUGAUCAACUGCUAAUGAAUUGUUAGCUGCUAAUGCAUAAUUAUAGCAGCUCACCUCCCUCGGUAAGCAGGAUGAGAUGACCAUUGAGGAGAAACUUCUUGGAGACUCACAGCACAGAGAUUUGUAUGAAAGAAUAUUAUAAAGAUGCUAAAAAAAAAAAAAAACUUCCGCCACCAAACCCUUCUCUUAUCUGACGGUCCUUGAGGAAUCGGGAUCACGCUAUGCUUUUCUCCACUUGGGAUCUCAAAACGACGGAUGUUACAUGGACGAACCAGCUGUAUUAUUUGUCAGGAAAACGGUAGGGUUGACUCUGAGCUCACCGGCUUGAGUCUUAUGCAGGGAAACCUUUUUUACAGUUGGGUUAUGCUUUUGCUUGUUUUUUUAUGUUUUUUUUUUUCAGUUUCUAUGCUUGUUUGUUUGUACUGUUCCACCGUUCAAUGAAUAUCUUGUGUCUUGUGAAAUCAAGCCUUGAGAGAUUUGAAUGUGAAGGCCUAUUACACUCUUUGUUUCCAGAUUACUACUUGGUAGUUAGUAUGUUUUUGUAUUUUUUCCUCAAAGUUUUCCUUUGUGACUCCUGUUUUACCUUGAUCCCAAAGUUUGUUACAAAGAAUGGCUGUUUACCUUUGCUCUUGGACAAGGUAUCGAUGACUCCAAUCAUGAUGAUGAUGGGGAUUAUAAUGAUGAGUGUGAUGUGGAUGAUAAUAAUAUACUGUAUUAUACUAUUUGUAGUAAUGUGUGCUAUGUGCUUGGCUCUUGAGCCACUUUGAUGAGAAUUUUUAAUGUUCAGUAGUAAAUCAGUAACUUAGAUCAGGACCCACUUUCCCUACUAGCAUUGUAGUGUCAGAGAUUAAAGAUCAUCUAAAGACGUAGUUUAGCAGUGCUAACAGUGCUAACAUGGCAUAUAGUAAGAGAAAACUAACACAUACUGAAGCCCAGCUCUUAUGCUAAUGGCUAGUUUCAGUAGUUAUGAUAACUGCUAAUUGGCUCACUGCUUAGUCGUGUUUUGCUAGCUCCCAUUCAUUGUUGGUGAUUCUAAACGCUGCCGUUUGUGUCUGGUUGCUGCCAUUCAUUGUUAGCCACAAUGUUAGCCACAGUACUGUGCAGGUUGAACUAACUGUCUGUUUAAGAUGGUAGAAACUGUUAAAUGAAUUUGGUUAUAAAACGCUGCCACGUCUAUGCUUUGGGGAACGCUCCUCCCUCAAAUGUGCUCUUUUAUAACAGUUGCAGCCAAGUUGGACAGUCUUUACAGAGCAUUUGCACAAAAUCUAUUCUGCACAACUGCUGUACUUUGUACGCAGUGCUCCCACUGGGAUGGUUGAAGACGGCACAAAAGCCAUUGAUACCGAUACAUUGAAGCCUUGUGUAUUGUUCACCUCAAAUACAUGUAAACGGAAAGCAUGUGAAUAAAAACAUUGAGGUUCGUAAACACUGUGCCACGGAAGUCAUAAAGCAAUACCUUUACAUUUAAGCACAUUGCUGCUGUAAAUUUCAUAAUUUCAUGUUUAGCAUUCGAGAGAGACUUAGAAUUGUGAUUGUCCUCACCAUUUAUUAAAAUGUAGAUUAAUUAGCUUUUAUAUCAUUAUAUUUGACGAAGAUCGAGGAUCAAUGCUGUGUUUCCUAUUUCCCUACUUUGAGCUGCACUGUUAGAGACUGUAGCACAAUUGCCGUAAAAAAAAACAAGCAAAGAAUAAAUCCAUUUUUCAAUUUAAUCCAUUUAUUUGGUUUAAUAGUCAAAUAAAUUAUUUUACCUUUUAUUUUAUUUUAUUUUAUUUUACCUUAUUUUAUUUCAACUCGUAUACUGAAAUAUAAUGAACUGUUAAGUCAUAUCAGAAUAUUCUGACCAUCUCCUUGUUACUAUUACUCUCACUGUCCAUCUUAUCAGCUUUACUGAGCAUAUAAAUUGUAACACUUGUAGUUUUGUAAUUACAGAUUGUAGAUCUGUAUCUGUUUCUCUGCAUACUUUAUCCUCCUUCGUUAGAAUCCCACAGAAAACCAGAGAGCAGGUACUCCUUGGGUGGUGGAACUUUCUCAGGACUGCAGUGACACUGACAUGACACAGCAGUGCUGCUGGAGUUUUUAAACACUGUGUUUACUUACUGUCCUCUAUGUUUAACACUCCUACCUAUAGCUGCUCCACCUUGUAAAUGUAAAGUCAGAUACAGAAGCUUUGAAUCUGUUGCUGCACAGUUUGCGUUGGUCAUCCUCUAGUUCUUCAUCAGUGCUCACAGAAUGCUGAGGGGUUUAAAAACUCCAGCACUGCUGAGUCUGAUCCAUCCAUACCAGCACAUAUUAUAGAACUACAGAGUACUCUUUAUAUAAUCAGUGGAGCUGAAUAAUUAAUAAAAACUGACAUAAUGCAAUACAGUUCUUCCCCUAAUGUUAGCACCACCUUAAUUUAGAUAAGCUAACAUUUACUCACGUCCGAGUUGCCUCAGUUCUGUAAUGUUUGUCCAACCCUUUAGCUACAACAGAACACAUUUGUGGGCGGAGCCAAGAAAGGUAAUCAGGGAUCCUGUAUAAAAGCAAUGUAUUGCCCAGGUUGUAGUCGGUUUUGGAGGAGAGAAUCUUAUCAGCGAGUGUUGAUAACUUUAAAACCAGCAAGCUUAUUAAUCACUUCACAACAUGAAGGUGUCUACAUACAUGUGUUUGUGUGUGUGUGUGUUUGAGAGUAUGAUUGUGCAUUUUUGUAUCUCUUAUUAAUAUUCUAAACUAAGUAUUCAUUCUAUUCUAACUUGAAACAAAGAUUGUGUGUAUGUUGUUACAUAACCCCCCUGCUCCCUCCAACCAACCCCCAUUAAUUAGCCUUCUCCUUAAACUCACCUAGCUACCUAUGUAUCUCUGUAUCAGACUGUAACUAAAAACCAACUGUAACUAUUUCAUCACCAGAACAAUAAUGCAAUACUACACAGGAUAAAAAAUAUAUAUGUAUAAAUAUAUAUACUGUAUAUUGCUUUAAGUCUGUGCAAAUGUCAAGCCUUUAUCCCCUUAACAAUAGCAGAACUUUUCAUAAGACGUCAACCGGUAUAUUGCAUGGAUGUUUACAAAGGAGCGAAAACGUGUCAGGUUAAUGUAGUUAAAUGCCUUGUAGAGACCUUUUUCCAAAGGUUGAGGUUGUAGUCGGGCUCCCAGAUGUUUUGGAGACCACUGUAAAUUGCAUUCUUAUUUUUUUUUUCCUUUUUGAUAUUGUAUUAGAGUCCAUCUUGAUAUUGAUAUUGUCAUAGUAGUUAGUCGUUAGUCACCAACAAGGAUAAAAGUAUAAAAUGAAUGUGCAAUAAGUAUCUGUUACUCCAUUAUGUACUUAGAAACGCACAUUUUUAGAUUUUUACGCCCAAGAGCAGGAAUGUCUAGACCUCUCUUGGUGUUUUUAAGUUGGAGAGGUACAUACAUAGUAGUUUUUUGGCUUAUUUCACAGGAUUACUGCACCAAAAUGUAUUUGUCAGCUCUGUUUUAUCUGGCAUUGUGUAGGUCAAAUCAUGGUAACUGAUGAGUGAUAAUUUGACUGGUGAUGCUAUUGGCUGAUUUGAUGCAACUUGUGGGGGUGCACUGAUAUGGGUAAUUACAGAGCCAAUACUGAUAUCAAUAUAAUGUUUGAGUUGAGUGUGUAUAUAUAUCCGCCGUCGCCAAUAAAAUGUAUAAAUUUAGUAUCAAAUGUAAAAAAUGAUAGCUGCAAAAAUAUAACUUUAAUUUUUGUUGUAGAUUUACAAAUGCAGUAAAAUGUAAAAAUUGAGAUAUUUUAGCUGUAGAUACAACGUAGAAUUUAGUGCAGUAUCAAAGCAUCACUCAAACUUUACGUUUCUUCCAGAGUUCUAUAAAUAGUAUCUGUAAAAUACUCACAAACAUCCAUACAAUACAAUAUGAACAUCUGUCUGAUGCCAAUAAUGAUCAGCCACAGUGGCUUUUCUUAAUGUAUAUGUGUGUGCGUGUAUGGGGACCCUAAACACAUCCCCCCCAUCUGUCAGGUCAUAUUGUAUGUAAGAUAGAAAUGAAGAAUAGUUUAAUAAAUGUAAUAUAUAUGUAUGUAUGUAAGGAAAUUAUGAUGAUAAUUUAAGCUGUACAGAACAAUAAAGAAACCAUGUUUAAACAACAACAACAUAGUAAAGUAAAGUGUGUUCAGGUAUAAUAUUCUAGAGUAGAGAGUAGUAUAAGCAACAAAUUUUAACUAAAGUUGACAUACAUAAUUUUCUAAAUGCUCUAAAAAAAUGUCAGAUUUUUGUUCAUUAAUUUAUUUUCUUACAAAAAUCACACUCGCAGGGGGUCGCUAGACAUUUCAGAAUGUUAAGCACAGCACCUUAUACUGUUAGUAUCAAGAUAUGGUUCUGAUUCACUAUCCACAUCUGAUCCAAAUCCAAUAUCGUGCAUCCCUUACAAAUUGUGCUGCAAAAUUAUAUUUGGACGCCAGGAACCAAAAUUCAGAGUUUUGCAACCAAAAUAUCUGUACUGUAAUGGUAGGGCUAUCCACAUAUUCAGUCAAUAACUGAUAUAAAAUUUUACCAAACUGUUUUUUAUGUUAUUAUUAUUUUAUUAUAAGAUUAAACCUGCCAUUGUAUAAUGUAAUUAUGUAAUUGUUAAUUUGUAGCACUUCAAAACAUCAAUUAGAUACAAUUACUUAAAUAGCCCUGGGUGAUAUGGUAAAAAAUAUAUAUAUAUUUAAAGUUAAAAACAUUUGCACGAUACAUAGUGUGUAUUGUGAUAUUCUGACGUGCAGACAAAAUUCAUCAGUAGCUGUAGAUUAAUUGUUAUUUAUGUAAAUUCAGCCUACAUUUGACCAUAUGCACAAUAUACUCAGAAAAGUAUAUUGUGUAUUAUGAUACAAUUAAUCACAAUAGAUUGAAUUUUUGUCGUCAUAUUACCCAGCCAUACUCAGCAUACUCUAAUUUUAGGAUUAACACUGACAAAAUUCCACUGUCAUGCUCAUGUGUUAAACCAAGAGACGUUGAUUUCAAACUUCCAACAUUUUUUUUAUUUUACCCAGCGCACUUACUUUUUCUUAGCUUUGUUUGUGUUCUUCUAACUCUUGCAGAUUUUCCAGCCUGAUUUCUUAAGCAUAUUAGUUGAAGUCCAGUUGCACUUUGUGCGGCUGAGCUGAUAAGAAUUCUACUUGCAUUAGCUUGCCUUCAGAUGUUCCUUUAUUGUUGUUGUUUUUUUACAUUGCGUCCAAACACGUGGACCAAAAUGGUCUGAAAGUGGCUCAAAAGCAAGUGAGCGUCUUGAAAUAGUUGACUGCCUUUUUGUAGGUGAUGAGUAUGAUGAAUUUUAGGUUUUCACUCUUCUCUCUGUUAAUCUAGACCAAUUUGGAUCUGAAUCCACAAGAAGACAUUGUUACAAUGAGCUAAUGGGCUAAAAAUGACUGACCCGAACACUUCCAGCCAUUCCAUUUUAGAGCCUGGCCCAUACUACACGAUUUGUGACCAAUGCUAAUUUUAAAGAGCUAAUACUUCUGCUAACCUGUGAUUUACUCAAUGAUACGAUUAUUAAGUAGCAACAGUUUUAACCAUUUCCACAGCAACAGGAACUCACAAAGUCCUUAAAAUAGUUAAUAGGGAUUAUUAUAGCAGUUUUGUUGAUUGUCUGCUAAUUGGCUCUUAACUCUCGAACUCACUGAAUUAAACACUGGCAUACAAGCAUUAAACCACUAAAUAUUGCCUAAUUUAUAAACAUUCUUAAAGUACAGAUGUCCCUCGGUAUUGGCGCAUUAUCAGUGGAAUAUUGUGGCCAUAUAUGUGACACUUACUGUGGGCUUUAUUCGAAACCAACACUAGCCAGUGUGCUCCAAAAACGGUUUCCCCAUUGAAGUGGUAAAUGCUUACAGUACAUCUCGAUAGUGUGUAUGAACCCAUGAAUGUGAUAGAUGAGGUGUGUUGGGAGAGCCUAUGUAUGAUGUCUUUAUAUGAGAGCCUGUGUGAGAUCCUCAACACAUUUUGCUUUUAAUCUCCAUGUUUUUUUUUUUGGCCGAAGGAAGCUGUGUUUUAGCAUGAACUGCUAUCUUGUGGUAAUGCACAGGACGGCGCGCAAAAUGCACUUCAGAUCAUAAGGAAAUUGUAAAAACUGAACGGAUACUGAGUGUUUACGCUUUGCAGAAAAAGCCCAGCCGGAUAUCGGCAACGUGAGGACUAAAAUGAAUUUCACUGCCUGCCUGUUUCUAUUGCAGUGACAGCAAUCCGAAAGAACUGAAAAAGACAUGAUGUACACUCCUUUUAUCACACAGACUGUAAAUAUGUAUUGUUUUUUUUCCAGGGAUAAAAAAAAUCCAUUCUCUUACAUUCUAUUGUAAUCAAGUCAUACCUCUUUUUAAAUGUAUUUACUCAUUUUUUUGGUUGUUGUUUUGUUUUGUUUUGUUUUUUUGUAUUGAUCAUUCUUGGGGUCUUAUCUCCUUGGUGGAAUUACUGCCUUGUGAGGUUCUAGCAGAUGUGUCCUACUUUUUAUUUAUUUGGAAUUUGGCCUUGAAAAUUACUGUAUGUCAUUAAGAAUAAAGGUUUGUGACCGUU